AUGGUUUUGGGAGAAUUUAAAAUGAUAGUGGGUAUGGAUUGGAUGGCCAGACACCAUGCGGAGAUUAAUUGUGAAACCAAAACAAUACUUAUCCAAUCUCCAAGUGGAAAGCGAUUAAAUAUACAAGGCGAAAGAAAGGUGGAAGCGAAACUUUGUACCCUCGUUCAAGCCGCUAAGUAUACACUUAACGGGGGUAGGGCAUACCUAGCUUAUGUAGUAGAUGCCCGACCAACCCUGCCGAAACUUGAAAACGUUGAGAUCGUGAAUGAAUUUCCGGAUGUAUUUCCGGAAGAAUUGCCGGGACUCCCACCCGAAAGAGAAAUAGAGUUUCGCAUCGAAGUAAAUCCGGGUGCGAAACCCGUUGCGAAGGAUCCCUAUAGACUUGCUCCCACCGAGAUGCGGGAAUUAAUGACACAAUUACAAGAUCUUUCAGAUAAGGGCUUUAUACGCCCAAUCAUGUCCUUCGGGUUAACUAAUGCGCCAGCGGCAUUUAUGGACCUUAUGAGCCGGGUAUGCCGACCCAUGUUGGAUAAAUCUGUGAUCGUAUUCAUAGAUGAUAUUCUAGUCUACUCGCGAAGCAAGGCCGGACAUGCAAGGCACGUGCGUGAAGUACUUGGAAUUCUCCGUAAAGAGAAGCUUUACGCAAAAUUCUCAAAAUGUGCCUUUUGGCUCAGAGAGGUGCAGUUUUUGGGUCACGUGAUUAAUUCAGAAGGUGUCUUAGUAGAUCCGUCAAAGAUUGAUGCUGUAAUGAAAUGGGUUUCCCCAAAGAACCCGACCGAGAUACGAAGUUUUCUAGGCCUCGCGGGAUACUACAGAAGGUUCAUACAAGAUUUUUCGAAGAUAGCCUUGCCUUUAACGAAAUUGACGAGGAAGAAAGAGAAGUUUAUGUGUGGUAAAGAACAGGAGGAAGCCUUUCGAAUAUUAAAGGAAAAACUAUCUUGUCCCCCGGUCUUGACAUUACCGGAUGGGACCGAAGAUCUGACGAUCUAUUCAGACGCUUCACACCAAGGUUUGGGCUGCGUCUUGAUGCAAAGGGGAAGGGUUAUCGCAUAUGCUUCACGACAACUGAAAGUGCACGAAGUAAAUUACCCGACACAUGAUUUGGAAUUAGCAGCGAAAGACUUGAAUAUGAGGCAACGGAGAUGGUUAGAACUUAUUAAAGAUUACGAUUGUGAUAUCCUAUAUCACCCGGGAAAAGCAAAUGUGGUGGCCGAUGCGUUAAGCCUAAAAGAAUAUCCACCUCCCAUCCAAGUGAAGUCCAUGAAGAUGAUUGUUACGCCACAUUUGUUUGAUAUGAUAAGAAAUUCCCAAAUAAAGGCUCUUGGAGCGGAAGAUUUAAAGAAAGAAAGACUAAAAGGUGUGGUCGAUAAGCUAGAAGAGAAUUCGACCGGACUCAAGAAAUGCUUGACUUGUUCCCAAGUAAAAGCCGAACAUCAAAAACCAUACGGGGAAUUACAACCUUUGGAAAUUCCGGUAUGGAAAUGGGAGGAACUAACAAUGGACCUGGUAACCAAGCUUCCUAGAACAAAAGGGGGGCAUGAUACAAUAUGGGUAAUACUAGAUCGACUUACGAAAAGCGCUCACUUUCUACCCAUCAAAGAAGCUUAUUCUUUCAAAAAGAUGGCAGAGAUUUAUAUGAACGAGAUCAUAUCCCGACACGGGGUGCCUGUGUCAAUCAUCUCGGAUAGGGAUACUAGAUUUACUUCUCGCUAUUGGCAAAAGUUUCAUGAGAGUUUGGGUACGAAGUUACACAUAAGCACUGCAUACCACCCUCAAACUGACGGCCAGUCAGAAAGAACCAUUCAAACACUUGUCGAUAUGUUGAGAGCGUGUGUCUUAGACUUUGGGGGAAAUUGGGAUGACCACUUACCACUAGUGGAGUUUUCUUAUAAUAAUAGUUACCAUAGUGGUAUUCGAAUGGCACCUUACGAACUGCUUUACGGUAGGAAAUGUAGGACUCCAGUGUGUUGGGGUGAAGUGGGGCAAAGGGAAAUUGCAUCAGUUGAUUUAAUAUCAUUAACAAAUAAAAAGAUUGAAUUGGUUAGAGCUCGACUGAAAGCGGCCCAGGAUCGACAAAAAGCUUAUGCAGACAAAAGGAGGCGUCCUAUUGAGUUCCAGGUCGGAGAUUAUGUUCUAUUGAAUGUGUCACCAUGA